UGCUAUCUGUAAUAAUCAAGUACAAUCUUUGCCUUGUCAACAGUUCCAGCGAUGUAAAGUCAGUUUUUGACUAAAGGCAAUAAUACUAGGGGGUAUUGUUAGUUUUUUUUAGAUCUGAAAUAUUCAACUCUUCGUAUAAAAAAUGAAAGCAUCAAAGAUUACAGUUUGCUGGCUUCUGACCAUGUCCAUAUCUGGAGUGUUUAUGGCACCACCUAGAAAUGUUAUUCAAAUGGAGGAGAAGGCUGUAGACAACAUGGCAGCAGCACCUGCCAAAACUAGAACUACUUUAAAGAUAGAAUUAAAACAGCCUGAAGCGCAGGUAGAGAAACCUAAAAAUGUACCUGUAGAAGAAAAAUCAAAGAUAGAAGCAUUAAAUAUUCCUACUCAAAAGAGACUUUCUGUUGAAGAACUAAAGCCAGCAGAUCAUCUUGAUGCUGUCAAACUGGAACAAGAUGGAAUGAUAAAUAAAGAUUAUAAGAAAGAGAUUUUUAUUGGGAACCAUGAGGAGAUUGAGGAUGAAAGUUUAGAAGUCGCUGAAUCCAAGCUGAAGGAUAUAUUUGCAAAAGUUGAUAAGGAUAGUGACAACAAGCUGUGCAUGGCAGAACUUGAAGGCUGGAUCAUUGACAAAACACAGGAACAUUUUGAUGAGGCCCUGCAAGAGAAUGAUCACAUUUUCAAACACAUGGACCCUGAUGGUGAUGGAUUUGUGGACUGGAAGGAAUACUAUGUACAUUUUCUCUUGGCAAAAGGACACCCUAUAGAGAAAGCAAAGAAACAUGUUAAAGAUUAUGAUGAAAUAGAGUUAGAUUAUGAAGCAAGAGAUCAGAUUAGUCGAUACAAAUAUAAAUGGAUGGAUAUGGAAAGUGGUACACUCGAUAACAAACUAAGCAAAUUACAAUUCUUCGCAUUCAGACACCCUGAACAGAGCGAGGAAAACAUGAUGAAUAUGGCUAUAUCUGUUAUAGAGACUCUAGAUAAGAAUGAUGAUAAGAUACUAACAGAGGAAGAGUUUGUUUCACUGCCACUUGGUGAUGUUGAUGAUGAAGAACAAAGACGGUUGGAUAAAGAGUGGCAGAAAGAACGAGGCGAGGAAUUUAGAAAUCAAAUUGACUUUGAUCACAAUGGUAAAGUUACCAUAGGGGAAUUAAAGAGAUACAUUGAUCCAAGAAAUCCAGACAACGCUAAAUCGGACACAAAAACUCUCCUGGAGGAGAUGGAUGAUGAUAAGGACAAGUGUAUAUCUUGGAAAGAAAUAGAAGAUCAUAAAGACAUGUUUAUACAGAGUAAAAUUGUCAACAUGCGCAGAAUACUUCAUGACGAGUUUUAGAAAUACCAGUUUAAAAAUAUUUUGUUAGCAAGUUAUAAUGUGAUAUCUUUAAUUCUGUUAGAUUUUAGCUGAAACCGUUGAAAAACUGAAUUGGAAAUGAUUACCUGUAUAAACUUACAUUGGUUUCACUGCCAGAGGUCGGAUAAUGUAACUGUAGUCUUGAUAAUUUUUGGCCGUUUUAUUUCCCCAUUUCAUAAACAACAGCCAUACUCUUGUUGUUAUGAAUUCGGGUUUGGAUUAUACAGUUGAAAUGCUGUUACUUUAUAUUCACAACUGUUUUACUAGAUUAGCAUGUUGCUCCUUAGUAUUAUCAGUAAAUAAAAACACCUUGAGUAUUACCCAAACUGCAGUACAUAUGUAGAUUUAUUAGUAAAUAAAACCACCUUGACUAUUACCCAAACUGCAGUACAUGCUAGAGUUUAUCAAUACAAUAAAUCACCCAAACUAUAGUAGAUAUAAAAACACUGUAUUAGCCAAACUACAGUAGAUGCUAGGGUUUAUCUGUAAAUUAAAUCACCUUAUAACCCAAACUUUAGUAGAUGUUAGAGUUUACAUAUAAAUUAGAUCAACAUAUAUUACCCAAACUGUAGUAGAUGUUAGAGUUUACCUAUAAAUUAAAUCAUUGUAUUACCCAAACUAUAGUAGAUAUUAGAAUUUAUCUACAAAUUGAAUCACAGUAUUAGCCAGACUACAGUAGAUUGUUUUAUUUUCACAAGGUUGCUAAAAAAACAAAUAUUAUCUAGUCUGCAGAAUUCCAGAGAAAUGUGAUGACUACUUUGUAUUUGUAUUUUGUAUGUACCGGUAAUUUUUUUUAUUUCUUAACAUAAAGUAAAUAGUGGGUUUGAAUUUUUUUUCACGUGGGAUUUGUUUGAUAGUGUUGUUGAAGUCUUUGGUAAAGCUUUAAGAUUUAGUCUCUCUCUGCAGAGACUUAGAGGGUAGGGUCUGAAAGGACUCGCAUUGAAAUUUCAUUAGUGGUUGGACAGGAGAGACAAACAGAUAAUCAUGCAUUUAUGCAGAAAUAAUGCAAGCCGUGCCAUGAGAAAACCAACAGUGCAUUUGUGACCAGCAUGGAUCCAGACCAGCCUGCACAUCAGCGCAGUCUGGUCAUGAUGCAUGCUGUUCACUUUCAAAGUCUAUUGCAGUUAGAGAAACAGUUAGCGAACAGCAUGGUUCCUGACCAGACUGUGCAGAUGCUGGUCGCAAAAGCACUACAUUGGUUUUCGCAUGGCGCGGUUCAAAUAAUGUUAGUCUUGCAUCACUGUCACAAUAUUGUGAUACUAUUAACCAUCCAUUUGGAGGCAAGCUGUCAUCAAUGACAUGUUUGGUAGCUGAUGUAUAUUUGAAGCAACCUUUCUGUUAAAUAUUUGAAUGUACAGGGCCAACUUUGCAAUGUGUGGCUCCAGCUUUGCUCUAUGCUUAAACAAAUUUUACACUUUCAUUUUAAUUUUUGAUUAUCCUUAAUCACAGCGUCAGCCUAUCAUAAAUUAUUGAUUCAACUAGUAAUUGUUAAUGGAAAUUUUUGUUGUUGAUGAAAUCCUGAUGUACAAAUAAUGCCCGAAAACAAUUUUAUUGCAAUGUUCUUAGAAAUAUUUUUGAUGUACAUGAUAAAUGGGAUUCAGUUGGGUAAAAUUUUUAAGAAAAACAUAAGGGGAUAUGAGGGUUUUGUUGAAAAUCAGCCAGUUUUAUACUUUUUUAAGGUGUUUUUUGUGCUAUAAUUGAUGUGGAAGUUUUUACCAGUUUCAAGCACAAAUGUUUGGUCCAUAUUGGCAAAAACAAUUCUCAAUUGAGAGUGAUGAUAACCAAAAACUAGAAAAUUUUCUUCCUGUUAUGGUAUCAGAAAAGUAACACAAAAUUGUGAAAAAAUAUGUUUUCAUUAACAUUCCAUUUUCUAACUUACAAUGCAUUUUGUCAUUGACAUAUCAAAAUAUUGUUGCUAUUUGCCACAAAAUUUAUGAAUAUGUGCAAUGUUGUUUUAUUAUAUGUUUAUAUUUCAAUGUUAUAUUAGUCCCAUUGUUUAAUGUAGAUAUUUUCAUGUUUAGCAAAUAGUUUGUUUGCUUUGAAGUUGAAACGUCAUGCACAAUUUUUUUCAAUGUCAAAUUCUUCAGUUCUGACUAUCAGAAUUUUUCUGCAUAACUUCAGGUGAACAUGUAAAUUUUUGUUUUUAAUUAUACCCCCCCCCCCACCCCUCCCUCGAAGAAGAAGUGGGAAAAUAUUGCUUUGCACCUGUCCGUCAACUGUCAGUAGAGCGAACAGCUCCCCCAAAUAAUUACGAAUCUCUUUACUCGGAACCUUGUUUUUUGGGGACCAAAGGUCAAGGUCAAAGGGUCCUGAAUCUUGAAAAUGUUUUCCUCCCCCCCCAAUAACUUGAAAGCCGCUUGACCCAUAACAUUCAAUCUUGGAAGCAUAAUUGGGAUAUCAAGUAGAUGACCCCUUAAAAGUAUGAUUGGGUUUAUGAAGUAAGAUAACUGCAAUGUUUUUGGGGUCAGUUGGUCAGAGGUCAAGGUUACAGGAACCUGAACAUUGAUAACUAUUUCUGCAUGGUAACUUGAGAAUCACUUGACCGAGAACCUUCAAACUUGAUAGCGUAAUUGUGCUUAAUGAAGUAUAAGACCACUUUUGUUCAGUCAAGGUCAAGGUCUCAGGGGCCUGAACCUUGAAAACAGUUCCUGCUCAAUAACGAGAGAACCGCUUAAACCCAGUAUCUUCAGAUUUAAUAGCAUGAUUAGACUUAUGAAUAUGAUGGCCCCUAUUGUUUUUGGUGUCAGUAGGUCAAAGGUCAAGGUCAUAGUGAUUUCAGGACUGAAAUUGGGACAAACCAUCAUGGGGAGCAAACGUGUUUUACAAACAGCUCAAGUUUGUCCAAUUCAAUAGGUAGUUGACCAAAGUCAAUUGAGCUUUGACAUGGAAAUGUAUCAGUAUUAAUGUAUCAACAUCAUUUUUUUAAAAAAUUACUUGUUAGCUCACCUUUGGUUCAAGAUAAACCGUUAGUAUAGGUAGAUGGUCUGACUUCAGUUAGAAUAUUGGACUGUGAAAUCUGGGUCAGUAUCUAGGAUACUAGUGCCUUAUGUCAGAACAUAGAAAUACUUCAUUUCCAGUGGGCCAAUUUUGUGCUUAUGGUAACAUUGUCAGUCACCAUGUCAUUAAAUCCAGGUUCCUGUAACCUUGACUAAACCCUAACCCUAUCCAGGUCAGAUCAUAGAAAAACGUUGAUAUCUAGUAAUCUCAUUUUGGACUAAAUUCAGAAUUGUUACAGUGCAUGAAGCAGUUUGUUAUAUCUAAGGUUAAUUUAUCCGUGAGGUGAGCAACUUUGGGUUAUCAUGACUCUCUUGUUAUAGUUUAUGUACUUUGCACCUGCAUAUAUCAAUGUCUUAUGUCUGAUCCUUAAGAUAUGUUUAAGUUUAUGGAAGCCCAUUUUGUUUUAUACAUCAUGCACUCGGGACUAGGUUUAAUAAAUCCGUGGGUACUUUCUUCAAAAGGUGUUUAGAUAAUGUAAAGAAAUAAAUCUAAGUACAGCAUGUAUAUACAUGUAAGAGUCUUUAACUUUGUAUUACAUAUAUAGGAGGGAGUGUAAGUUUUAUAAUGUAAAAUAUGGUGGGAAUUUUUCUUUGUUCGCAGAAAGAAGAGUCUAUCUCCUGUGUUGAUAUCUAGUUGUUUUGCUUAUUUAUUAAGUUGUACAUGUAUACUUUGAACAAACUGAGCUAUUUAUUACUUUGUUAUAUUGGUGUGACAUGUAUUGAUGUUAAUUGAAAUGUUGGAUGUACCCAAGUUACAUUUGUAGUUGUUUAUUAAUUUCUUUUAGUUUGUAUUUUUAGCUUUCCAGAGCACAAAGUGCUCUGUAUUUUUAGCUCACCAGAGCACAAAGUGCUCAAGGUGAGCUAUUUUGACCGGUCAUUGUCCAGCGUCCGUUGGCGUCCGUCGUCAGUCAUCCUUCAACAUUUGCCUUGUGAGCACUCUAGAGGCCACAUUUGUGACCCAAUCUUUAUGAAACUUGGUCAGAAUGUUAGUCUUGAUGAUCUCUAGGUCAAGUUUGAAACUGGGUCAUGUGGGGUCAAAAACUAGGUCAGUAGGUCAGAUCAAAGGAAAAGCUUGUGAACACGCUAGAGACCACAUUUUUGACCCAAUCUUUAUGAAACUUGGUCAGAAUGUUUGUCUUGAUGAUCUCUAGGUCAGGUUCCAAACUGGGUCAUGUGGGCUCAAAAACUAGGUCAGUAGGUCAGAUCAAAGGAAAAGCUUGUGAACACUCUAGAGACCACAUCUUUGACCAAUCUUUUUGAAACAUUGUCUGAAUGUUAAUCUUGAUGAUCUCUAGGUCAAGUUUGAAACUUGGUCAUGUGGGGUCAAAAACUAGGUCAGUAAAUCAGAUCAAAGGAAUAGCUUGUGAACACUCUAGAGACCACAUUUGUGACCCAAUCUUUAUGAAACUUGAUCAGAAUGUAAGUAUUGAUGAUCUCUAGGUCAAGUUUGAAUUUGGGUCAUGUUGGGUCAAAAACUAGGUCAGUAGGUCAGAUCAAUGGAAAAGCUUGUGAACACUCUAGAGACCACAUCUGUGACCCAGUCUUUAUGAAACUUGGUCAGAAUGUUAGUCUUGAUGAGCUCUAGGUCAAGUUCGAAACUGGGUCAUGUUGGAGUAAAAACUAGGUCACUGGUCAAAUCAAAGGAAAAGCUGGUGAACACUCUAGAGGCCGCAGUUGUAACCAGACCUUGAUGAAAUUUAGUCAGAAUGUUUGUCUUGAUGACCUUUAGGUCAAGUUCAACUCUUGGUCAUGUGGGUCAAAAACUAGGUCAGUAGGCCAGAUCAACUCUGGUGAGCGAUGUAUAGGGCCAUCAUGGACCUCUUGUUUGUGUUAAAUACCAUUUCUGACCUAUAUCAGUCUACUUUAUUGCCUUCGAAAUUCUUUCAUUUUUACAGUCUGAACAAUUUUCUGACGCACUUUGUUAUUUCAAAAUGGUAAAGUAAAACUACUUAAGAGAUUUAGGUCAAUUACUAUGCCAGACUGUUUCUUAACUCACUUUCUUCAUAUUGUGUCACAUGAACAGAUUUAGACAAGUUGGUUACAAUUGACAAAAUACAUAAUGAAAAGUGGUUGCCAUUUUAUACCGGUAUGGGUAUGCGUAAACUUUUAUGAUUUUUUUUUUUCAAUUUUAUAUUUGAAUGUUAAAUUUUUUCACACAUCAAAAUGUGCUUUUGAAACCAAUGUCUAAAUUUUUUUAACCAUUUCGAUACCUGUUAGAACAGCUUCAGAAAAUGUUGUGGAAUUGUUAAAUUUAUGGGGCUUCACUUCAUGUAUUUGUCAAAUCAUGAUUUGUCUUAUGAAGCAAUUCAAAAUUGUUAUAUUUUUAAAUAAGAUCAAUGCAUUUUUCUUUCUUGAUGAUGUACUAGCUUCAUGCCUUUAUCUUUUCAUGUUGUAAGAAAUUCAACUUAAUGUAUAGGGAAAUUUGUAUGGCAAUACAGGAAGCUCUAUUUUGGAUUAUGUCUUUAGAUACGCAUUUGAGCCGUGCCAUGAGAAAACCAACAUAGUGGCUUUGCAACCAGCAUGGAUCCAGACCUGCCUGCCCAUCCACGCAGUCUGAUCAGGAUCCAUACUGUUUGCUUUCAAAGCCUAUUGGAAUUAGAGAAACUGUUAGUGAACAGCAUGGAUCCUGACCAGACGGCAGAUGCGCAGGCUGGUCUGGAUCCAUGCUGGUCGCAAAGCCACUAUGUUGGUUUUCUCGUGACGCGGCUCAUUUAGCUCACAUGAUACACAAUCUUAUUAACAAAUGUGAUAUUUGCAGUUAUCAACUGUAGAUGUUUGGAAAUAAUAAACAAAACACAAAUUUCA